CCACCUGCCACCUCCACACUUGUCUCGUUUUGCCGCCUUCCUCUGCUAUCGGAGCCAAUGCCGCCAUCAUGGUGUCCUGGAAAACCAUCCAAUCCAUUGUCAUCUUCUUCGGCCCCAUCCUCGUGCCUCGUCUAAUCGCCUACUACCGCUCCCUACGCUCAACCCCGGCAUCGCAAAUCCGUCCCCUACCCCCAGCAACCUCCUACGCCCUAGCAGUCCUCUUCGCCUCCGCCCUCACCGCCUUCGCCUCGACGCUCCCCCUCUUCCACCCAACCAACAUCUUCCGCCAAACGCAAUCCCGGCUUCAAACCCCAGCGGGCGUCCUUCUAACCCGGCUAGCCUCUAUUCGCCCCCUAACCUCCUCAGAUGAGACUCUUCGCCGCGUCCUCGACACCGGCGGCCUAGACGCUCGUCUCCUGUACGCCCGCUUCGGGCCCAGCGUACUAAUCAACUGCCCCUUCGCGGCCCCAGGCGCCAUCGAUUCCAGCAGGAACUACCUCCUAUACGCCGCGCCAACACUCCUAGCUCCGCACCUCUUGCACCUCCUCGUCCUCGGAAUCGCGACUUCACGCUUCCUAAGCGGCGCGGAGGGCGCUCGCUGGCGCACCAUCGCCACUAUAGCCGGCUUGCUGCUUCCCAUUUUCGAAUUGUGGCUAGUAGCGAACUACGAUGACCGAGCGAACGCGCGCAGCACGCGACUUGGCGAGGUGGAUUUCGUGUACUGGAAGGCCCUCGUGUGGCGUGGGUUAGCGAUUGCGGGCACGGAUGCGGUGUUGGGAUGGGUAAUGUGGCUUCAGGCGACGCAUCGGGCGUUCCUCACGCCUGUUUCGAAUGGGGAAAGGGUGGGGGAGAGUACGCGGAUGGUGGAGAUGGUGCUGGGGAAGGUGAGGGGAUUGGGCAUGGUGCGGAAUGGGAGUGCGAGGGAUGCGGGCUUGCGGCGGAAAGUGGAGAGCUACUGGGUGAAGGAAGGGGAGGUGAUGAAGGAUGUCUUUGAGCAGCCGGAAGUGCUGCAAGCGCAGAGGAAUGCGUUGGCGCGAGUGGACAUCAACAGGAUCGGGACGGAGGCGGAUGCGUACAUUGAUUCCAUCCUCGGACGGGCAAUGUGAACGAAGUGUCUAAAAGUGGAG